UAGCGUAUAACCACCUAAAAUUAAGAAUUGUGUUUUCGUUACCUUAGAUUGAGCCGGAGCAGGUCCUCGUCUGCGGAGAUCGCCAUGUUUCUUCAGUAGCCCAGAAAGGACAAACCAAACACUGAUGACAGAAAUAGACAUUCAGGUUUUAAUGUCACCUGAAGGCCAUGAGGGUAAACGGAUCAUGGUGAGCAGAAGAGUCCGCAGGCGGAUUCAGCAGCGCAGUGUCAGCGUGGCUCGGCCUCCGCACAGUGAUUCAUAAAAUCCUCCGCCUUCAUCUCCUCCUCUGACACCUCCGCGCCGCCGCUUCAGCACCUCGGACAGCGCCCCCUGCUCCGCCGCUUCAGCACCUCGGACAGCGCCCCCUCCGAUAGGCUGCAGCGCGGCAGCGGCCAAUCGCGUCAGCUGCAGCGGCGCGGCAGCGGCAGCGGCGGCAGCAUCCUAGCAGCAGCCAAUCAGAGGGCGUCGUUUCUCUCCCACAUCCAACCCGAAUAACUGCAGAUGCCCGCAUCAAAGCAGCGGGUCUCCCCCUCUCUCUCUCUCUCCUCUGAGCUCCGGAGCUGCGCUCUAUUUUUGGAUUUCAUAGUGGCCAUUUUUUCUCUCUCCUCUCCUAGUUGAUUAAUGAGCGGUAUGUGCGGUUUUAUUGAUGUGUGAGGGACGUUUGGACGUUAACAGCCGUCACCGGAGAGAUUUUCGCUCCUCAAUGGAAGACAUCUUCCGACUCGCUGCGAGCGAAGGGGUGAAUUUGCUUCGCAUCUGGAUUCCCGUCGACGAGCGAGGGACUUUUUAUAAAUGAAGAUCUGACAAAAAACCGGCAGCAGUCCACCGGGAGCGCAACCUGUCGGCCUGCAGCACCGGGGCUCGUCGUUAAUCAGGGACAGAGCCGUUUUCACGCCCUGGAGCCCGGACAGGAGACCGAGCUGGGUUUUGCAUUUUGGCCGCAUUUGCUCAGCAGCAGGGGGGUCAAGGUGCGAUACAUGGAUCUCACAGGAAGACAGGAUUAACUGCAAGGUUCGACUUCCUUCAGAAGUGAGACACUUUGGUCCUCUCUCUGUCUCGACCAAUCAAAGAGCUUCUCCCCCUGCUGCUGUCCUCUGUCCUCUGUCCCUCUGCUGACCUCCGAGCCGACAUCAUGGGCACGGUGCUGUCUCUGUCCCCCAGCUACCGCAAGGCCGUGCUGUUUGAGGACGGCCCGGCCACGGUGGGCCACUACACCGCCGUCCAGAACAGCAAGAACGCCAAGGACGCCGCCGCCGCAGCCGGGAAAUCCCUCAAACGGCCCUCCAUCAUCAGCGUGCUGCCAUGGAAACGCAUCGUGGCCGUGUCAGCGAAGAGGAAGGGCUCCAAGAAGCUGCAGGCGGACGGCGGGGACGGCGGGAAAGGGAGCUCUCCGGACGGCCACGCCACGGCCAACUCGGCUUCCAACAGCCUGAAGCUGAAGAAGUCUCAGUCCUGUGCCAACCUCUCGUCUUACUCAUCCAGCCAGGACCCGUCGGCCACCACCACUACCUCCUCCCACCUGCCCGUCUCCAAGACCCUGGCCAACGUAGCUACUGUCGCCGCCAAAAAGAACUCCCUCACAGGCUCCGGGAUCCAGUCGUCUGCUGCGACCGGCACGCCGAAACGCGUCAUCGUCCAGGCGUCCACCAGCGAGCUGAUGCGCAGUCUGGGUGAGUUCCUGUGCCGUCGGUGCUACAGACUGAAGCGUCUCUCUCCGACAGACCCGGUGCUGUGGCUGCGCAGCGUGGACCGCUCCCUCCUCCUUCAGGGCUGGCAGGAUCAGGGCUUCAUCACUCCGGCCAACGUGGUCUUCCUCUACAUGCUGUGCCGCGACGUGGUCUCGUCCGAGGUGGCGUCGGAGCGCGAGCUGCAGGCCUCGCUGCUCACCUGCCUCUACCUGUCCUACUCCUACAUGGGCAACGAGAUCUCCUACCCACUCAAGCCCUUCCUGGUGGAGGCGGAGAAGGAGGCCUUCUGGGACCGCUGCCUGGAGAUCAUCAACCGCAUGAGCGGCAAGAUGCUCCAGAUCAACACCGACCCGCACUUCUUUACCCAGGUGUUUGCUGACCUGAAGAACGAGAGCAAGAAGGAGGAGGAGAAGACCAAACUCCUCAUCGGCCUCGACCGAUAA